AUGUCGACGGCGUCCGAGCAGCAGCAGCAGCCGCCGCCGCCGCACCGGGGGUCGUGGAGCAUCGGCGGGACGGUGGAGCUCGUGGCGGCGUUCACGGCGGUGUGCCUCGCGCUGUACGGGGCGGUGCUGUACCUCAACUAUCUGUACGUGCGGUGGAGCGGGCGGGACGGCGUGCACCGGACGGGACCCGACCCCGAGGCCGGGCCGGCGACGAGGAAGAGGGACGGCGGAGGAGGGCUCGACGAGGCGGCGCUGGCCGCCAUGCCGGUGUUCAGGUUCAAGGCGGAGCCGCGCGGGGCCGGCGGCGGCGAGGAGUGCGCGGUGUGCCUGGGCGCCAUGCAGGACGGCGACGCGGUGCGCGCCCUGCCUGGGUGCAGCCACGCGUUCCACGCCGGGUGCGUCGACGUCUGGCUGGGCGCGCACGCCACCUGCCCCGUCUGCCGCGCGUGCCCUGCCCUCCCGGUUCCGGCAGCGAAGGACGGCUCCAGGACGGCGGAGACCGCCGGACGGGAGCCGGACCCGGAGAGCCCGGUAUAG